AGCGCCGUCGGUCUGGAUGAACACAGGAACAGAGCUCUUAGGGAAAAGAAAUAUAUAUAUUUAUUUAUAUAUAUAUUUUACACACACACACACACACACAUACAUACAUGAGACCGACGCUGGAGUUUGGGAUUUAUUCCGUUUCUCUUGUGUAUAAAUAGAUUUUUAUUUACUGCUUUGGUGAAUGAGGAAGUAAGACAGACAGAAAGGGGGAAACAGGACAGACAGAGAGAGAGAGAGAGAGAGAGAGAGAGAGAUUGACACCCCCGUGUAAAGGAAAUGCCCAUCGCGGCUACUGGUGCGCCGCCAGCGACUCCCGAGCCUCACGUGCGUCCCCGCGUCCCAGCCGGUGUCGAGCGCGUGCCCAAGCGCACUCCGGAAAGCGCACCGGAAGCGGCACUAGUCGCGGACAGAUUUCACGGCGUUUCCGCUUCCUCAGCGGCUAAUUCUCACCUUUCUCACCCGUCAUAUCCUUCACCCCCGACGCUCUCAGCACAGCCAAUGGCCACCGAGCCGCCCAGGACUCGGUCCCGCUCACGUUCCGGAUUCUAUCAGAGUGCUGGUGCGAACAGCGGCGCAGGGAGUUCAGGCACAACCCUCCAUCAUCUUCAUCCUCAUCAUCUUCAUCACCAGCAGCAGCAACAGCACCAGCUCACCGGCGCAUGCGCGGUGCUCGGAGCUCACGGACACCCGGACAACCUGCGGCCGCCCGCCGGCGUGCUUUCACCGGGCGGACACCGGCAUCCAGGUCCUGGGGCGCACAGGAGCCCAGGAGGAGCAGGAGCGAUGGGAGGAGUGUAUCACUAUCAUUCUGAGCCGUCCUGCGCAGAUGCCACAGAUAAGACGGAGGACUCCCCCAGUCCGAAGCGUCAGCGCCUCUCACAGCAGUCUAUGCUAGAACUAGCCUCCGCCCCGCCUUCCACACCGUCGCCGCCCAUCAGGCCUUGGGAGCUCCCGCCCAGUCGCAGACCGCACCCCUAUCCUCACUCACACUACCAUACUGAGCGCUGUCACACACCCGCCAGACACAGACGCAGCCCUCCUGCACGGCGUCAGCGUGCCCGGCGUGAUCGCCUCACUCGGCUUCAUCAUGGCUCACCUGGAGGGCCCCAGGACGAGAACUAUCGCCACCCUCCUCAUCCUCACACACACGCUCUUCACUCCUAUGGCCCAGCCGUGCCCCCUCACCCGCCGACGGGCACCGACGAGCCACGCGCAUUCCACCCUCCUGCUCUGUCACCACGGUUACUUCAUCCUCAGCAGCAAGGCACUAUGGUCAUGGACCUCCACGAACAGCUUCCUCAGGGUACAGUCCCCGUAUCAUACACAGUGUCUCCGGUUGCAGCCCACGCCCUCCCGCCUCCUCUCUGUACAGGACAGCAUAUCCCAGCAUGCUCGUCUCAGCAGCAGGUGCCAGCUUGCUCAGUGGUCUUCAGCAGCCAGCAGCACUACCCAGUCUGCCCACCUCCGAUGCUGCCUGCGUGUUCAGUGCAGCACUUACCUGUGCCGUACGCGUUUCCGUCACUGCUUUCCAGUGACUCUGCCUUCCUGCUUCACCCACCACACCACCUCUCGCACCAUCACCACCCGCCACACCUGGCCCCGCCCACACACUUCCUGCCCUUCCAGACACAGCAGUCAAGAUCACCACUACAGAGGAUCGAGAAUGAGGUGGAGCUGCUUGGAGAUCACCUGCCAGUAGGAGGCAGCUUUAACUACGCCCAUUCGGGCCACCCAAGCCCCCUUCCUCCAUCCACACAGUUGCAGUUCCUCUCUCACGACCCCCUCCCACAAGAGCUCUUCGGAGUGCCGUAUCCACACUUCAUGCCUCGACGCAUCGCGGGUCGCCGGUACCGUUCACAGCAAGCCGUGGCUCCGCCCCCGUAUCAUCCCAGCCUCCUUCCGUACUUCCUAUCUGUUCUUCCAGUGCAGCCUACAGCGGUGGGGCCUGCAAUCAGCUUAGAGCUGGAUGUAGACGACGGAGAAGUGGAGAAUUACGAGGCUCUGCUGAACCUCGCCGAACGUCUCGGGGAAGCCAAACCACGCGGCCUGACAAAAGCUGACAUCGAACAGCUGCCUUCCUACAGAUUCAACCCCAGCAACCAUCAGUCUGAGCAAACCCUGUGUGUGGUAUGCAUGUGUGAUUUCGAGUCUCGACAGUUGCUCCGAGUCCUGCCCUGCAAUCACGAAUUCCACGCCAAGUGUGUCGACAAAUGGCUCAAGGCUAACAGAACCUGCCCUAUCUGCCGAGCCGACGCCUCUGAAGUCCAGAGGGAUUCUGAGUGACCAAUCCUGACACUUCUGCUCCAUCUCACACACACACACACACACACACACACACACUCACACACACACACUCACAUACACACCCCGUCCCACCAGUUUCUGUGGACUUUUCCAUUGUCUCAACACACUGGACUUCCUUCAAGACACACACACACACACACACACACACACACACACUUUUGUUUUCCCAACAGUAAAAGUUCUGUGACUCGCUCCUGUUGGUGUCACAUUGUUGUUUUUCUGCAAAAAAGCACAGAUGUCCGAACACACACACACACACACACACACACACAUAUAUACACACACACACAUACACACACACAGUUAUACGAAUCCCAUCACUGCCAUUUCUCUCAUCUUUAUUUCUUUAUUUAGAUUUUUUUUUUUUAUUAAAAUCUUCAGGUGGGUACAAGGUGACCGCUCAUUGUGUGUGUGUGUGUACUAACAUUCCAGAUCGUGUCAAUUUAGUUUGUGUGAGGAAGCAAAUGCCACGGUGUGUGUGUGUGAGCGUGUGCAUGUCUCUCCACCCUCAGCCUUUUCCUUUACAAAUAAAAAAUAUUGCAUAUAAAUGUAUGUAUGUAUCAAUAUAGAGGGACAGAAUAACACAAAAAAAGAAGAAAUUGUGUUCUUUUCUUCCAAAAAUGAGGAAAUUUUUUUAUCUAUAUAUUUAGAUGGGUGGGGUUUUGCUCAGUUAUGAUCUAGCAGUCUUAUAGAAUUGGAAUACUGUGAGCUUGAGCGCGUGCGUGUGUGUGUGUGUGUGUGAGAUGGAACACGUGUGUGUGUGUGUGUGAGAAUCAUUCGGUUACUUGUGUGUUAUUUAUCCUGUAUGUGUGGUACAGAACACUGGCUUCCCGGUCUCAUGUCUGCUCUCGUCUCUCAUCGGCUGCAAUCGCUCGUGUGUCAGGAGGCGCCCUAAUAGUGGAAUUUUAUUUUUAUAGGCUCUCCUGCCUUAAGAGUCCAUUUAUCUUUCUUUUCCGACACCCCGACGUUUUCCCGGAAAAGAAGGACGUAGUCUUCCUUCCAUACCCAUCUUUUUGUUGUUAUUAUUAUUAUUAUUAUUGUUAUGAUGAUGAUGAUGUAAAAUAUCCUCUCUGGUCUUGGCAGGUUAUUGAGUCACAUUUCCACGUAGCAUUUCGAGACAGAACCCUUAACUGUGAGCUCGGAGCUUGAGGAGAAGUCGUUUGUCACUCGUUCACGACACAAAGACCCGUUUGAUUGCUAAUAAAAACGCUCGUUUGCAUUAUCUUAAGCAUUAACCACGCAGGUCUCUUUCAGUUUGUCGUCUCUUCUCGUUUCUAACACGAGUAAACUUUAAACUCCUUGCACAAGUUUUUUGUUUUUGUUUUUGUUUUGUUCACGGUGAUCAAACCUCCCCCACCCUCGAGCUCUAGUUCACUCGGUUCAUCCUGGUUUGUAAGGUUUGUUAACACGACGCAACACGUGCCGUGUUUUUCGAAGCGGAGUCCGUCAGCGGUGACGUAUAUAUGUGACAGACAGAAACAUAAAGAUCUGAGUUUUUGCGCGGUGAGAUCGUUACUGCCGCUGGUCUCUGUCGUCUACGGUAUCUUCAUACGAGCUCAGCACAAACUGAAACCUUCAUGUUGGUGUUAAAGCGGAGAGAAAGUGACGUACACGUUCAUUUGGGUUUCGUACUCAGCACUACAUCGUUCAGCACUUAGGAUCAUUUCCCAAAAGCUGUGGAUCAACUUUAUCACAGGUGUAAAAUCAGGUAGCACAGAGGUGUGUGUGUGUGUGUGUGUGUGUGUGUGUGUGUGUGUGUGUGCGUGUGUGUAAGAAUGGCAUGUUAGAAUUUGCUUUAUUUCACUUUAUUAUAAGACACAAACCAAACUAGUUUCCUUUUCCCAUCACUCUUUCUCUGUCUCUCCCUUUCUCUGUCUCUCUCUCUCUCCCCCUCUCUCUCUCGCUCUCUCUCCCCUUCUCCCUCUCCCCCUCUCUCUCUCUCACUCUCCCUCUCUCUGUCUCUCUCUCUCCCCCUCUCUCUCCCCUUCUCCCCCUCUCACUCUCUCUCCCUCUCUCUUCCUCUCCCUCUCUCUCUCUCUCCCUAUCUUGCUCUCUCACUCUCUCUCUCUCUCUCUCUCUCUCUCUCUCUCUCUCUCUCUCUCUCUCUCUCUAUCUUGCUCUCUCUCUCUCAUGUCUCUGAUUCUCUGUGUAAUAACCUGCCAUAGACCCUUCAUAGGAUUCACAUAACAGUGACUAUCCCUGCCUCGACCUGGGUAUGUUGUGCGCGCCAGUGAAAGUGUGAGCGAAGUGUAAUAAACGGUUACAUUGUCAAGCUCUCGUAGCUCGCAAACCCGUAGUGUCUUAACUGCAGUUGCCUUUCAGCCGUUCUCCAGCAUCGUCCGGUUCAGCGUCACGUUUCGCAUCGUAUCGCGUCGCAUCGUAUCGCUGAUACAGCGAUCGAAUCAUCGCGAUACUCCUCUAGUUCGUCUCAGAUCACUUUACUAAACCUGACGUUUUACUUUAUAUGUAUUUUCCCUCCUGCUUGGUACAAUAGCAGUUACCUCAUUUUUAUUAUUUAUGGUGUUUUUAUUUUGCUUUUGUUUUUUUUCUUGUUAAACGAAUGAGAGCUUCUGAUCCUUUUUUUUUUUUUUUUUAAGUUUUAAUGUUUUCCAUUAAAAAUACAAUUGUAUCGUUUAACAUGUAGUUUCUUAUGUAUAAUAUCUGUAACCAAAAUCAUUUGAAGGCUUGAUAUAAAAAUUUUUAACAAACAUUUGUACAUUUUCUAUGAGAGUUAUUACUAGUAACGCUUUACUAAGUAGUGCAAUGAUUUUGUUGUUUUAGUUUGAUUUUCCUCUCUGACCCAAUUCCCAGUCUUUUGGAUUUCAAAGGGUGGUUCAGUAAUAAAUGUAUAAUGUUCUCUUCCACAAA